GUAACGCCCUCUCGCUGCGGAGCGAGCUUCCGUCGCGCUCCUUCAACUGUCAGUUAGAUCCUCAAGAGGGGAGAAAACACCAGCGGGCCGGCGUCAUGUUAUCGCGAUCCAGGUGUGCGUACCGGACGCUCGGUCGUUCACUGUCAGCGGCGAGCCAGGCAAAUAACGUGCUGUGCCGACAAAGUGUUUCGGGCCUCAAUGUCGGCAGCCAGCUAGUUUACAGGAAUUCUCCACCAUGUGAAUUUGGAUCCUCAGCAAAUGUCCCCCACAUAAGAUACUUCAAGACAUCUACUGUCCACAGGGAGGAUGUCGUCACAGUCAAAACGCCUGCUUUUGCAGAAUCCGUUUCAGAGGGUGAUGUGAGGUGGGACAAAGCCGUAGGCGACUCAGUGACUGAAGAUGAAGUGGUGUGUGAAAUCGAGACUGACAAGACGUCUGUACAAGUCCCCGCUCCAGCAGCUGGUGUAAUCGAAGAACUGUUGGUGCCCGAUGGAGGAAAGGUGGAAGCAGGGACGCCCCUCUUCAAACUCCGCAAAGGAGCUGUUUCUGCCAAAGCUGCUCCGUCACCAGCAGCAGAGGCACCGGCGGCCGCUCCUCCACCUCCACCUCCACCUUCAGCACCCGCCGCAGGGCCUCCAGUGGCGCCGCAGGCUGCACAAGCCCAACGGGUUUCCGCCAUCCAGCCCGCAGCUGCAGCUCCGGCAGCGGCUCCUCUGACAUCAGCGGGAAGAGGAGAACACCGGGUGAAGAUGAACCGCAUGAGGCUGAGGAUCGCCCAGAGGCUAAAGGAGGCUCAGACCACCUGCGCCAUGUUGACCACCUUCAACGAGGUGGACAUGAGCAACAUUCAGGAAAUGAGGACAAUCCAUAAAGAUGCUUUCUUAAAGAAGCACAGCACCAAACUGGGUUUCAUGUCAGCAUUCGUGAGGGCUGCUGCUCACGCUCUGACCGAACAACCCGCUGUCAACGCCGUUAUUGAUGAUUCAACCAAAGAGAUUGUCUACAGGGAUUAUGUAGACAUUAGCGUUGCUGUGGCAACUCCUAAGGGUCUUGUUGUCCCGGUGAUCCGUAACGUUGAGACCAUGAACUUUGCUGACAUUGAGAAAACCAUCAACGCAUUGGGAGAAAAGGCUCGUAACAACGAGCUCGCUGUUGAAGAUAUGGACGGAGGCACCUUCACCAUCAGCAACGGGGGCGUGUUUGGCUCCAUGUUCGGCACACCCAUCAUCAACCCCCCGCAGUCCGCCAUCCUGGGCAUGCACGGCAUCUUCGACCGGCCCGUGGCCAUCGGCGGCAAGGUUGAGAUCCGGCCCAUGAUGUACGUGGCGCUGACGUACGACCACCGACUGGUCGACGGCAGAGAAGCGGUCACUUUCCUUCGCAAGAUCAAGGCGGUGGUGGAAGAUCCCCGCGUGCUGCUCCUGGACAUGUGAUGUUACUCUCACUCAAAGCUGCACACGAUGAACUCCACGUCACACAAAACGCGCACAAAAUAGAUAUCGCUGUCCCUCGGACCUCUUUGGGAUAAUGAGCAUUCAUCUCUUCAGAUGAAAAUCAGAGGCCGUAGAUAAACUCAUUGCAUCCUUGUCCUUUUUGUGUCAUCAGGAAAAUAAACUACUUCUCCAAGCAGCAUUUGGCUUCUUCCCCCACUUGUUAGUUAGCGCUUUUCUACCACAAACCAGCUCAUGAUGUUAACGCAGGAUUGAAAUGAUCUCUUGGUCUUUGAUUUGAUGGUAAUUGUUACGAGCAAAAGUGUGUAAGAAGGAAUCGAUGACUGGGGAACCAGGUUUUUGUCUUUGCCACCAGUUCUAUUCAUCCGUGUCCUUUUGAGUUGGCUUUAAAGCUGCUUCGCAGAUUCUUUUGACCAUCAAAUUCUACAAAUGUUUAUCCAACUGCUGCAAGAUUUAAGUAAAACACAGCCAGCAAUUCACAAACCGUACGACACACCAAACCCUGUUUUCUUUUCAACAUGUCGGCAAUCGUGUUCAAAACAAGUUGGCUGCAGAUUUCUAUGUUGAGAUUUUCUUUGCUAUCAUUUAUAUAUAUAUAUAUAUAUACAUUACUUGCAUCUAUUUAAAGAAACAAUUUUAAGCAUUAAACAUCUCAAAGAGC